UUUCGACGCAUCAUCAUCAUGCACGGACCAAAAGAAUGCACCCGCGCGGCUGUGAUAUUGUCGCUAGCGUUCCUGCUCGUGUUUACAUCGUUUGGCGGCAUUGAGAGCUUGCAAACGUCCAUCAUUCCUGGAGAAUGUCAUGGCUGCACGGAAGGAACGUUGACGGGGAUAUGCCAAGCUGGAAACGUGUGCCAAGCCAAAGUCAAGUUUUCGUGUGACGAUGCAUGUGAAAGCCCAUUCACUGAAUGCCACUGUUCGUGAUGAUACUGCUCUCCACGACUUUUCACCUAAUGUGCGUCCUUGUUAGCCACGUUGGGAAACACGAUUUUGGGGGUCGUGUACCUUGCCUUUACAAUCAGUGCGUUCUUUGGCCCUGUCGUUCCGAAUUACCUCGGCAUGAAGUGGAGUUUGUUUGGCGCGUCCUUCUUCUAGUAAUCGCCACUGUCCAUGUUUCUGUUGUCACGAACGCAUGGUAUAUAUCUAUAGUGCGCUGUUUGCGUUGGCAAAUCUAGUCGUUGCGUGGACUCCAAACAGUCAAGACUUGCAUGCUGGCAUCAUGAUUUCUGCGGCCGUGCUCCUCGGGAUUUCGGCGUCGGUGGUGUGGAUCGCUCAAGCGAGCUACAUCACGGAGCUCAGUGUGAUUUACGCGACGUUCAAAGCCGAGCCCGUGAUUAGCUCGAUGGGGUACUUCAAUGGCAUCUUCUUUGCCAUUUUCAACAUGAGCGGCAUCUCUGGCAACUUGAUCUCGUCGCUGGUGUUGGAUGUGUUGAUGUGGCCCAAAACGAGUCUGUUUAUCAUUUACACGACGCUGGGUUUGUUGGGAACGUCCUUGUUCCUGCUCCUCCCGACGCUGUCGCGCUCGAAAACAUCCGUCCCAGUCGACACUGAAAGCGUGAAUUGCGCUGCACCGCAACCAGUGUUUUCGGUUUCCAUGCUUUGGACACUCGCCAAGGACAGUCGCAUGCUGAUUUUGCUGCCCAUGUUUUUCUUUGGGGGGGUCAUGCGAGGGUUUGCCAUGGGUGAAUUCACGUCCAACAUUGUGCGCCAGUCACUGGGCAGCGCGUCCAUCGGCUACAUCAUGACGGUGUAUGGCGCUGUGAACGUGAUGGGGUCGUACGGGUUUGGAAAGCUCACCGACAGAUUUGGCCCGCUCGUGGGUCUUUCCAUCGGCUAUGUGUCGCUGAUUGUCGCGUACAUCAUGACCUAUACGUUCGUCGUGGUAAAGUGCGAUAGCCAGUGGUUUCUCGUCGUGUCGAUUGCGGUGAUGCUGGCUGUGGGCGACUCAACCACCACGACAUUGACCAACGUGGUUGUGGGCCAAGAGUUCUCGUCCAACGCUGUGAAUGCGUUUUCGCUUGUCAAGGCCUACCAAUCUGCCGCCACAGCGGCCUCGUUUUUCUUCUUCAAGUACAUAAGUUUCAACGCACGAGUGGCGGUAUUGAUGGGCAUGGUGGGCACUGCUGCCUUGACGUUUGUUGUGUACUACCGCAAAUUUCGUCGAGUGUCGAACGAGGUAUACGUUUCGUUGGACAGUACGACGACGUAAGGACACCCCAAGACAACAAUGCUGCCUCGUAUAUCGAUAAUAUAUUGUCGAUUUUCUUCAAAUUUCCCAAUUUUGCAUGGUUCGUUCACAAUCGAGCACAAAUAGAACCGAGACAUUUGAUUGGUCAAUAUCCACUUCGCCCUUUCAGUAGAAACUCGAAAAUAUAUUGUAGCCAAUCAGCGACAAGUAA